AUGCCAGAAAGUCCUACCUUCCUAAAAUCUCGUUCAGCGAAAUACGCACGAGUUAUGAGCUCCAGUUUUGCCUUCAAAGCUCCGAAAAGCGGAGCUCGAGAAAAAGAGAACAAGAAGUCGACUGCAGUUUUCGAAGGAAACGAUGAAUGGCUGCGCCUACGAAUGCGCGAAUAUCUUCUAGCGAUGGGAGCCAGCUCGCGAUCUGACCUGGCUGUUGCCGUAGCUGAUUAUGGUGCCCCCUUUAUUCAUAGCUGGCGAUUCACCAGGAAUUACCGUGUUUGGAUGUUGGGUCAGCACGAUGAUCUCGUUGGAGUCGCUCCUGGACAUGCUUUUGCUGGACAGCUGGGUGUAUAUGAUGUCUUGCUAAGGGUUGAACACACCGUCAGUGGGUCAGGGGGAGCGAGGAGAGCUAUUGAUGCACUUACUUCUACUGGGAAGAAUAUUGGUGAGACGGGAAAUAAAGUGCGGCAGAGUUUCACAACAUGGUUCAGAGGUGGUGUUCAAAAUGCCGAGGAAGCAACGGAGUCCAUAGAACCGUCUCCAGAGUUAGACGAAGGCGCUUCCUCGGGACAGAAUCACAAGAGGGGCACGUCUUCUUGGAUCAACGGCUCAGAGCGGGAACAAAUAGCUAGCAAGGUGAGGAGUAUAUCAUCAUGGAUACGAGGUAACCAACGAGGUGAAGAGGCGGGUUCCACUAGUCAGUCCCCAUCAGAAGAAUCUAUCUCGUAA